ACGGUGCGUGUGUGUUAAAAUUCGCAACAGAAGAAAAAACGAAAGGAAAAAAUAUAAUGAAUAUAUUUUUGAAGUGAUAAUAAAAAUUUGAAAUUAAAAUUUUUGGAAAACAAAAAAGAAUAAAUAAAUUAUUGAAAUAAACAAAUAGAUUCAACAAAAAAUAAACAACAAUGCCCUGCGAUAAUACAACAAAGAAUUCAUCAGACAUUGAACAUGCCGAUUGGAGUACUGGCACUACUAGUCAACCCUAUAACGUUAGAUUCGGUUCAGCCAGCAGUCAGGCAUCACAAAGUAGCGGUGAUAUUUGCCGUAUUUGUCAUUGUGAAAGUGAUCCUCAGAAUCCACUUUUAACACCGUGCUAUUGUUCCGGCAGUCUUAAGUAUGUACAUCAGGCAUGUCUACAACAGUGGCUUACAGCUUCCGAGACAAAUUCCUGCGAAUUAUGUAAAUUUCCAUUUAUAAUGCAUACAAAAAUUAAACCAUUUAAUGAGUGGCGCAGCCUUGAUAUAUCUGGUAUUGAAAGAAGGCGUUUGUGCUGUUCGGUAUUGUUUCAUUGUGCUGCCGCUUUGUGUGUCAUUUGGUCUCUUUGUGUACUAAUUGAACGGGCAGCAGAAGAUGUACAGCAUGGACACAUAGAAUGGCCAUUUUGGACAAAACUAGCGGUGGUGGCUGUUGGCCUAACGGGUGGCAUUGUCUUUAUGUACAUACAAUGUAAAGCCUAUUUACAUUUGUGUCAUCGUUGGAAGGCUAGAAAUAGAAUACUGCUCAUACAGAAUGCUCCCGAAAAGGUACAUCCCAAUUCACCACCCUCACCACUGGCCCAACAACGUAACAAUGGCCGCAAUAAUGGUUCUUCAAAUCAGCCACACAUUGCAAACUCAACACCACACAGCGUCAACAUAAAUAUUGAUGUUAAUGUUGCUAAUCCAAGACCGACGACCAGUUAUAAUUACGCUUCCACAGUUGAGGUAAAUGAAGUUGAAGAUGCCGCAGAUGGUAGUGAUAAUUUACCAACAUCUCCGCAUCAUAUGUUGCAGCAUGCAGAUCUUGAUGUUGAUUCUAUGAUAUCACAGACUUCAGUGGGUGGUUUACCAUCACGGGUAUUGGGCGGCAAACAUCAUCAUACCAAUCUUUCGGCUCUCCAGCAGCAACAGCACCAUCAUCAUCCACAUCAUCAGCAUCUUCAUCAUUCACAGUUGGGACAAGUAGCGGUGGCGGCCAAUAUAGAAUGUACACAAUCACAGCAUAAUUAUGAUCGGGAUUAUGCUCUGGAUGAUGUUGUCUCACAGAUCUCUUCGUUCCGUCCUUGUCCACAAGGUUCGGGCAGUAUGACACCCUUCCAUGACUCCAUACACAAUGUACUGGAACAUUCCGAAGAUUCCAGUCGUGUGUCUGUAAACGAUUUAUGUGUAGGUUCACGUCAGGACCUAAGUACUGAUGGUUUAUCGACUGAUACCGGUAGAGAGCAUGCAUUACAAUUAAGCAGUUUUAGUGGCAGUGGUGAUCAUAAGGCGCCCUCCAUUAGCUCUGGCGUCUCGCAUGCCGUGGCAAAUGGUUUGGGUGGUUUUGUCUAUAAACCCCAUACAAAACGCUAUUCCAACUCAUCUAUAUUCCUAGAAAAUCGUGAUAUACUCAAUGACUCUGUAGAUUUAGAUCUCGAUACAGGCCCCUACUUGAAACAUGACUACGGAGGUCAUAAUUCAAAUAUUCUAACACCGCCUGACAGUGAUGGCACUUGCACCGAUAAGCUCGAACAAUAUUUAGGCAAAGAUCUGCGUAGAUAUUCGGAUACAAAACUGCUGGGCAGUGUAGAUGUCGAAGCUUGCGAUCCCAUGUUAGAUUGUCAUACCACAACUGCGCAACGGCCAAACUUAAAUACACAACCGCCGCCACCACCACGCAUGCGUCAAUUAGUUAAACAACAGUCGGAGUCGGCGACAAUGGCAACAGCAGGAGCUGGAGCACAUCAUAAACAUACAGUGCUUGAUAUGGAAUUGCCGCAAUCACCUUUGUCACCCUCAGUGUUACAUAAUCUACCACAGAGUCAAAUACUAAUGCGACGUUCAGUGCAUACCGUUGAUAUGGGCGGCAAUGAAUUGGAAAACGUGGUGGUUCCUAGAAGCAGCAACAAUAACAAUAGUAGUAUGAAUAGCAGCAACAAUAGCCAACCACAACACAGUCAUCAUCAUAUUGACAACAAGGGACGUCUUUUCUUUAAAUCGUUGCCAAAUUUAAGCAGCAGUUGCGAAAGUCUCAUUAAGAAAUAAGUUUUAAAUUUAAUUUUAAGUUUUUAGUUUCAUUACAAAUUUUAUCCUUUCGUUUGUUUUACAAAUAUACACAAUUAUGAAAUUCAAUUUCAAACACCA